UGUGAUGGUGGAAAAGUGCUAGUGUUUCCAGUAGAUGAAAGCCACUGGCUUAACAUGAAAGUCCUUGUGAAGGCUCUUCACUCUCAAGGUCAUCAAUUCACGGUGCUACGUUCAUCCACCAGCUGGUAUAUUUCUGAAUUCUCACCUUAUUACACCUCCAUCACGAUCAUCCAGGAAGAAUCUCAGCCCGUUGAGAGUCAAGACUUCAUGAGCUCUUUUUUGAAGAGGUCAGUGGAAAUUAAUAAGAAUGCCGGAUCACUCUGGAAUAUGUUUACCUUUUUGCUACAAAACCAGGAAGUUGUGGUAAAAUUUACUUCCACCAUCUUUGAGAAUAAGACACUGAUUGGGGACCUAAACAAAACUGGAUAUGAUCUUUUUCUGACCGAUCCUACAUUUCCAGGUGGUGUGCUGUUAGCACAUUACCUCCAGCUGCCUUUGGUUUUCAAUGUGCGCUGGCUUUUUAGUGGAGAGGCACACCUUGCCGUCGCUCCUUCUCCAGUGUCCUACAUCCCUAUAUGCUUUUCCCAUAACUCUGACAAAAUGGAUUUUUUUCAAAGAAUCAGAAAUAUGAUCCAUUACAUCAUGGUUUUUUACAGGGACUACUAUGUCUCCAGACAACCAUAUCAGGCCUUGUGUGAUCGUUAUUUUGGAAAUAAUGUUAGCCUCAUGUCUCUAACCCAAAAGGCUGACCUGUGGCUCAUGCGGGUUGACUUUACAUUUGAGUUCCCUCGUUCCACCAUGCCCAAUGUCAUCUAUAUUGGCGGCUUCCAAGGUAAGCCUUCAAAGGCCUUCAAAAUUUAUCAUGGUGUGCCAGUUCUACUCAUAACUCUCAUCUUUAGCCAGUAUGACAACUUGGUGCGUGGGAAGGCCCAUUAG